UACUGCUGCAUGCUGGGAAUAAAUGCAGAGCCAGUUAGCGGCGUGCUAGGGGAAAGAUUUUCUUGAGGGAGCAUUGGUUGUGGUUGUUUAAAUUUUAUUUGUAACCUUCUUUAAGAACAAAAUCUAUCUGUUGCUAUGGUGAAGUUGUCGGCAGAGUUGAUCGAACAGGCGGCUCAGUAUACAAACCCUGUUCGCGACAGAGAAUUGGACCUUCGAGGUUAUAAAAUCCCUGUCCUGGAAAACCUGGGAGCCACAUUGGAUCAGUUUGACACUAUAGAUUUCUCUGACAAUGAAAUCAGGAAGCUAGAUGGCUUUCCCUUGCUGAAAAGAAUAAAAACGCUGUUGAUGAAUAACAACAGGAUAUGCCGAAUCGGUGAAGGUCUUGAACAGUCUCUUCCAAAUUUGAGAGAAUUAGUCCUCACAAGUAAUAACAUCCAGGAGCUGGGGGAUUUGGAUCCUCUUGCAUCGGUAAAGAGCCUAACCUUACUGAGCCUUUUAAGGAAUCCAGUAACCAACAAAAAACAUUACAGGCUGUAUGUGAUCAACAAGAUACCACAGAUACGAGUGCUGGACUUCCAGAAGGUGAAACUGAAGGAGCGUCAGGAGGCGGAGAAAAUGUUCAAAGGCAAACGGGGUGCACAGCUUGCAAAGGAUAUUGCCAAGAGAACAAAAACGUUCACUCCUGGUGCAGCCCUCCAAGCUGAAAAAAAGAAAACCGGGCCAUCCCCAGCAGAUGUCGAAGCUAUUAAGAAUGCCAUAGCAAAUGCCACAUCUCUGGCUGAAGUGGAGAGGUUGAAUGGACUACUGCAGUCGGGACAGAUUCCAGGCAGGGAUAAGAAACAAGGGCCGGCAGGUGAGGAGGAGGAGCAAGAGGAGGAAGAAGAGCAAAUGGAUGAAGACAUUCCUGUUAAUGGGUCAUAGUACAUUUUUUAAAUAUAAGGCACCCAAAACUAUGGGUGAAAGUGCCCAACUGUAGAUUUAUUUUUUAUACCUUUUCAUGAAAAUGUGUCCACUUUGUGAAAGACUACACAACUUGUUUGAAAUGUUGGGAUUAUAAAUCAGUUAAUACUUAAUCUUGUGAAGUGUUUCUGAUCCUGACCAGGUUUUGUGUUUAUAAUUUCAGACCAUUAAGAAUAAGGGGCUUAGUAGUUAAACUCUUGAUGUAAAAGAAAUGUACAGUUAAGGUCAUGUGUGUAAAUGUCCGAAUGGGGCUUGUUAAGUCAUGUUCAUGUUGCCAGUAUCUUUAAAUAAAGUGUAUGAUUGGACAAAAUGUUGCCCUACAUUUGUUAAAGAUGCAUUUCUCAUUUACUGUGUAAACCAUGACAUGAAAAAUCCUUGUAUGUUUGCUUGCUUUUGUUUACAGUGAAAUAAAGAUGUAAUUUUAUGAUGAUAA